GUAUUUAUUUGUUUUUUACCCCGAAAAAUCUUACGUCUUCUUCGGUAGAACAUUUUCUCGUUUACCAAUAUUAACAUCGAAAAUAAUUGCUCUUUAUUCGACCACAUGCCGGUGCGCUUUCGGCGGCCUCUGUAAUUGCGCAGCGGUGCUCACGCGACGCCAUGGUGCUGUUGUCGCCCCGCGCGGCCCGUAGGGUCCCUCGCUCAUAGGGUUGUGAACCCCGGAGCCCCUCGGGGGCAGCUGACGGCGUGUCGCGUGCACGUCACUCGUUCGCGGGACGCCCUGUUGGCCAAAGGCAGGGCCAUGGUCUGCACUGCCCUGCGCAGGGCUCGCUGGGCCGGAGUAGCGGCCCGAGGCAUGAGGCAAUGUCCGCCAGGGCGCUACCCUGGGCGCUGCCCAGGGCGCUGCCACCGCGGCGGCCGCAGCUGGACCCCACCCCGUCCUGGAACGCCAUCAAGCCGGACAAGAACGCCGUUCUCUUGCGGAAUGUCGAGCGGCAGCUCGCAGCCACAGAGGGCUGGCCGCUCCUGCAAGGUGGUGUUCCCUUACCCGUCUCGAGCGGGGCCAGCGCUUUGCCGACCUUGUUCGACGACCUGCUGCCGCUGCUGUGGACGCUGCGCUUCCUGCUGAUCCUACCCGUGACCGUGUCUCGCGACACUCGCACCGUGCGCUUCCGCUGGCUGUCGUGGACCACGCUGGUGACGGCCGUGCUGUGGCUGUUCACGUCCGCGAUCAGCUGCGCCGUGCUGCGAUUCCGCCUCGCUCCCGUCCUCGGCACCGGCAAGCACUUCCACGUCUGGGACGUGGUGCCCCAGUACGCCACGGUCUUCGGCAUGAGCUACAUCUUCUUUCUACCCGUCGCUUGCUGGGCCACGGCGGGCCGCUGCGUGGCGCUCGUCGAGCUCUGGCAGCGCGUUGAGGCUCUCGCCACGGCGGUGACCGGCCCGCUGCACCUGCCCGGGCUGCGCACCCGCGCGCGGGUCUACAGCCUCGGCAGCCUGGUCCUGCCCGUGUUGAUUCAGUCGAUGGCCAUGUACGUCUUGCCCCAAGAGAGAUUGUGGAUGGUUCCCGCGAUGUUGCACACCAACGCCUUCGUCGUGGUCAGCACCAGCUUCUGGCUCUGCUGCUGCAGCGCGCUCGGUGCUUUUGGAUCUCUGGUCGCCGCCAGGAUGCCAGCUGACCUGCAGCGCCUGGGCCCGCAAGGGCUGCGCGCGCACCGUCAGAUCUGGCUGGCCCUGGCGCAUCUCCUGACCCAGCUGGGCGUCGCGUGGGGUCGUCUCCAAACGCUGCUCCUCGCCGUCCUCUUCGUGUCCAUCACUUCGAUAUCCUUUGUCAUCACGGCAUAUGUGCUCCACGGCGUCUGGGACAAGCGAUUGGUGUGGCUGGGUACGGUCGCGUUCUUCGUCGUCAUAUUCAUCUUCAGCAUCUGCAAUGGAGCGCAGAUUGCCACCGACGGGGUGCGCCUCGCGGCCGUCCGGCAGCUGCUCGCGCUGUCUGUGACACACAAGGACGAGCCUACCUGCCACGAAAUUAUUUGCUUCUUAGACGACAUUCGACUCGAGCGACAUCACCUCACGAUCUGCAAGCUAGGUGUCCUUAGCCGUGCGUCCCUGCUCUCGUUCUUCUCGCUGGCCUGUACGUACGUCGUCGUGCUCUCCCAGUUCACUCUCUCCUCGGAGACCUCCAGGACGAAGUUCGACAAGCUGCCGGCCGACCUUGGCAUAGAAAACACAUGAUCGCAGUGAAUUCCCCUUGUUGUGUGCCCCGUGCACAAGCCGACCCGAAAACAAUAAAGUCAUUACCCACCGAACCUGCUUUAGCCUACCACAGCCUGCG